CAUGUGGACAUGUGGUCCUUUGAUGUGUUUGCACUGAACGAUGCUAGUGGGGACCACGCUCUGAAAUUUGUCUCCUAUGAGCUAUUCACCAGAUAUGACUUGAUCAACCGUUUCAAGGUCCCUGUUUGUGUCCUCAUAUCCUUCGUGGACUCGUUGGAAGUGGGCUACAGCAAACACAAGAAUCCCUUUCACAACCUGACGCAUGCGGCUGAUGUCACACAGACCAUUCAUUACCUGCUCCUCAAGACCGGCAUGGUGCACUGGCUCAGUGAGUUGGAGAUCUUUGCCAUCAUUUUUGCAGCUGCCAUUCAUGACUACAAGCACACAGGGACCACCAAUAACUUCCAUAUUCAGACAAGGUCAGACACCGCCAUGUUGUACAACGACCGAGCUGUUCUGGAGAACUACCACGUCAGUGCUGCAUAUCGCCUUCUACAGCACAGUGAUGACAUGAACAUUGUGUCUAAUCUCUCCAAAGACGAGUGGAGAGAGCUUCGGGCUCUGGUGGUGGAGAUGGUGUUGGCCACAGACAUGUCCUGCCACUUCCAGCAGAUCAACGGGAUGAAAAGCCACCUGCAGCAACAUGAGGCGCCCGACAAAGCAAAGGCCUUGUCCCUGCUACUGCACACUGCUGACAUCAGCCACCCUGCCAAACGCUGGGACCUCCAUCAUCGCUGGACCACAUCCCUUCUGGAGGAG